UAAUGGCCGACCGUCCUCAGCCACACCAGAUUCAAGUGCGCCCGGCACAGCCACGAUUUGACGUCGGAGACUACAAAGGCAUGCAGUCUCAGCAACACCAAGGCCCAUCGACCGGCAAGAUCCUCGCUGUGAUAACUCUCCUUCCCGUCGGUGGAACCCUUCUUUGUUUGGCUGGACUCACACUCAUGGGCACCGUCAUCGCCCUUCUUUGUGCCGCGCCUCUCUUCCUUGUCUUCAGCCCUGUUCUUGUCCCUGCUGCCAUUGUCUUAGGCCUUGCCGUUACGGCGUUCAUCACAUCAGGGGCUUUUGGUCUCACUGGACUCUCGUCGCUGUCUUGGGUCACAAAUUUCCUCCGAAGGGCAACUGGAACGGUACCCGAGCAGCUGGACUCGGCCAAGAGGCGCAUGGCGGACAUGGGGGAGUAUUUGGGACAGAAAACGAAGGAGAUGGGUCAAGAUGUCCAGCAUAAGGCUCAGGAAACAAAGAGGACUACGGAGACCCGUUGA